AUGGUAGACUCUGGAGCAACGGGCAACUUCAUAGAUCUAAGAUUUCAGGAACAGCUGAAGAUCUUAGGGAUAACAAAGGCUACGCUAGAGCCUAUCACAGGACUGAACGGUAAACCAUUGGAAGGAUACCUUACAGUCGAAUUAGGACCAGUACCCAUGGUUAUAAAGGGUUAUUUUGAGUAUAUAAGUUUCGACGUGACACCUUUAGGACAGUGGACACUGCGGUCGCAGUUAUGGCAGCAACCAAACCUACGGGAAAGGAAUGCUACUACUGAAUACAAUACGGAACUGCACGAACAGAUCGAGUCAUGGCAAAUGAUCGAUGCUACAGAAUUAGCGGCCAGCAAAGAAGUACAGCAGUUACCAGACAAAUACGAAAGAUUUCAGAAGCUAUUCGAACAACCCGAGAAGCCUGAACUACCAGAACACGGAAAACAUGACUACCGGAUUCCUCUUAAAGAUGAAGACAAAGUCGCAUGCAAAAAGAUCUACCCUAUAUCAGAAAAGGAGUCUCAGAUCUUGCGACAAUACAUUGAGAAACAACUUGUAAAAGGCUAUAUCAGACUAUCGACAUUACCUGCAGGAUACGGAGUCCUGUUCGCACCAAAAAAGGAUGGGAGCUUACGAUUAUUGAGAAUCGCCAAAGGAGAAGAAUGGAAAACGGCUUUUAGAACGAAAUACGGACAUUUCGAAUACUUAGUUAUGCCAUUCGGGCUAAUUAAUGCGCCAGCAUCAUUCUAG